AUGUUAACAGAAACUGAUGAAGUCUUCCUUUACAAUUUAACUCUGAGUCGCCAGAACAAUUUCAAUAACUCUUGUAUUGGUCAUUUCCUCGACUACAAACCUCAUCAUUUUGCGAGAAACAAUGAGAAGAUCAAGAAGAGGAAGAAACGUAACCGUGAGUUCCAGUUAUGUGUGGCAACGGAAACUCACAUAGAGCUUUAUGAUCUAGAGGAUGGGCUUUUGAAUAAGUUAUGCACAGUACCAAUUUUCGCGACAUUAACGGCUAUGGAAAAGCUGCCGAUUGACGGUGAUUGCGCCUUUCUAAGCCUGGUCACUGAUUCGGGAAACCUUACGAUUUGUCGUUUUGCGCUUAAUUCAGGGAAAAUAAGACUAAUAACUUUUCACAACGAGCCUUUAGGUCGAAGCGGCCUACGAAGACUCGCUCCACAAAGAGGAAUUGUUGCAGAUCAGCAGGGACGCUGUCUUCUACUCUCAGCUUUAGAGCGUGAUAAACUAUGCUUUCAAACGCAGUUUGUCGAUGGCCACCUUCAGCUUUCUUCUUCUCUUCAAUUGUCGGAGCCCGAGCUCAUCACCCUCCAGACAGUCUGUUGUGACGUCUCGUUUGACAAUCCUAAAUUCGCCUCUUUACAAAUAAAUCUGAUCGAUAAGUCCCGCCAAUUGACAUUUUACGUGCUAGACUUAGGACUUAAUCAGUUGUCGAGGCACAGGGAAUUCACGCUACCUGGGGAUGUUAAUUUUCUUAUGCCUUUACCAAGCCUGGAAAAAUAUUCCAUCAACACCCGAGGGUCUGGCGAGGGUUUAAUUGAAGAUGAAGAGAUAAAUCCAUUCGUCUUGUUGGGAUUUGAUAAUAGCAUUUCUAUAAGAGAUUGUCGAGGACUCUACAAUACAAAGGUAAACCUGCCGCGCCGAGAAGGACGCAAUGCCACUACUGUAAUAAUCACGGGGCAGGUGCACACCAUGAAAAACGAGUUCUUGGUUUUGUUGCAGAGCGACUUGGGGGACCUCUACAAGGUUAAGAUCUCUCCCGACAACGACCACGGGAAUGUCCCUGCUGUUUCCAUCAUGUAUUUCGACACCAUACCUGCUGCGCAGGGUCUACACAUAUUAAAGAACGGUUACAUGUUUUCCAACUCAGAAUUAGAGCAAAGCUACCUUUUUCAGUUUGAAAGCUUGGGUAAUGAUAGCGACCCCUCCAAGAUUUUAACCUCCAAACUGCCAGAUGCUCAUCUUUCUUUCAGAGCAUCGCAUUGUCUUGAAAAUAUUUCAAUUGUUGAUGAACUACGGGGCUUAAACCCAACGCUUUCAGGUGUACCGCUUGAGGCUGUGCCGUUUAACCUUUUAGUUCAAAACAGAUAUUCUAAGAGUGCCUUGAAAUCAAAUGUUGACUUUCAAGAACUUGUGUCUUCACCUCUCCCGGAUAAUGCCACUAAUAUAUGGACAAUAAAGCUCUCUACAGAUCUGAGGCAUCGCCUACUUUUCCUGGCAUUUUUUGAAAGUGUUUUGAUUUUAAAAAUUGAGAACGGAUCCUUGGAAGAGCUCAAUAACAGCGACAAUGUAUUCGUUCAACAAGGCGACAACACGAUAUAUGUGGGGUCUAUGGGGCAUAAUUCUUUAAUUCAAGUGUGUGAAAAUGUUAUGCUGCAGAUCGUUGCAGAAAAUGAUGGUUCUUACAAACGCCGACUAAAGUGGUACCCUCCGGCGGGUAUCCGGAUUGUCAAGGCGGCUUGCAAUGCAUCCCAACUUGUCCUAGCUUUGUCUAGUAACGAAAUUGUCUAUUUUGAACUGAACCAAUUUGAGGACAUCGAUGUCCUCAGUGAAUACCAGCGCAAGGCCGAAUUCGAUGAAGCUGUGGUCACAGUGCAUUUGGCUGGAGGGAAUCGCUGUAAUUUUUUGGCUCUCGGGCUGGAAGAUUCCUCUCUUAGAAUAUUAAGUUUGAAAAGGUCAGAUCAAGAGUCGUUCCUCGAAACAAUAUCAAUGCAAAUCCUACUGGCACCUCCUAACGACGUCAAAAUGCUAGAAGACAACGCUGGGAUCUUUUUACACGUCGGACUUUCCAACGGUGUUUACGUUUGUCUGCAGGUAGACCGCUUAGAUGGACGAUUAUUUCAUAAUCGCACUAAAUACUUGGGCUCAAAGCCCGUUGAAAUAUCGUUGCAGGGAAAGGUUACCUUAGAUCGUAAAAGGAAUGCUUUGGAAAAUGGAGAGGAUGAUGAAGAUUUAUUAAACACAGAACUGCUAGGGGACUCAACUACUACUUGUGUUGUCCUGCGAUGUAACCAGUCUUGGGCGAGCUAUUGGACUGAUGGAAUGCUUAUAGUGAGGCCUCUAGUAUCCUCUAUCAAAGGCUCGAUCAUCAAAUUUGCUCCCUUUGAAUCUGAGGAGAUUACCUUCAAUGGUAGUUGCUGCAUAACUACAUCCGGCGCGCUCAUCAUUGGGCGCCUUAAAGACUUCCCCAGCACUGACGAGUGGUUUACAUCAGAAACGAUCCCUAACCCAGGUGACGAACGAGAAAAUAGACCCAACGAGUUUCCGAAUUCGGCAUAUCGCAGUAGAAGAGUGAUCGUAGACAAAGGCCACUCUAAGCUCGCUUUUCUAAUUGACAAUCAUGUAACAAAAAAUGAAUCACGAUUCUCAGUUCAUCAUUCAUCAAAACGUUACUUGAGUCAAGACGAAAAGCUCCCUUAUGCCAUAAUGGAGAAUAGCCGAUGCAUCGAUGCCUGCGUUGCAACAUUUGGAAACAAUAAAAGCUACAUCGUUACAACUGAUGCAGGCAAAAAGAUCAAAUGUUUCGAAGUAGAGCUCAAGAAAGAUGAUACUCAAAGGUAUUUUAAGCUGACUUAUUUGCAUGAUACGCCAGUUGAUGAAGUAAUUCAUUCCAUAAUUACUUUCAAGGAUAAAGUUUUGGUGGCUUUGGGGGCGAAUCUUGUUCUCUUUGGUCUCGGCAAAAAACAACUCUUGAAAAGGUCAAUUUCGCCACUACCCCCCUCAAUCACGAAGAUCACUUCUUUAAGCCACUGGCAGGGCAAGAGACUAGCAGUUGGUGAUGCAAAAGAGUCUGUGAUGUUCUUUUUGUUUUCUGAAUCCACCUCCGUGUUCCUUCCACUGGCUGACGACACCACGAAGAGACAUGUAACGUCCAUACAGUUCGUGGAUCAGGUUACUGUAAUUGGCGGAGAUCGCUUCGGUAACGUAUGGAUGCUUCGACUGCCGCGAGAGUGGAGUAAAAUCAUCGAUGAAAAUUUGCCAUACUUUAUGAGCAAAUUUUAUCGUGGGGCAACAGGCCCAUCUACAACCAUUCAAGAAUGUCCUCUAAAGCUAGAACUUGCUUGCCACUUCUUCAUCAAUGAUGUGCCCCUGAGUUUUUCUGUGAUUGAGAACCUCAAUAUGUCAGGGCGAGCUGCCGUCAUUUACACUGGGCUUCAGGGAACAGUUGGCUCUCUCACACCUUUAGUGACGAUGAAAGAAGUGGAAUUCUACCAAAAACUGGAAGAAGGUCUACGCAGUGUUGAGGAUCUUUCUUCCGAGGAGGGAAAAGCUGACGAAAGUGAACUUGCUGGCGACGCCGAUAAUUUUAUUGAUGUUGCAAAGAAUAAAUCACCCCUGAGACCAUCAGUGGAGGGCGCUUUUAGUAUUGUGGGAAGAGAUCAUUUGAUGUAUCGAAGUUAUUAUGCGCCUGUCAGGCACGUCAUUGAUGGUGAUUUCUGCGAAAGCUUUUUCAGCUUAUUUUCCGACGAGCAGACUGCAUUGACUCAAAAAAUUGGGUUCGCCAGUACAGCCUUAGUAAAAGAUAGAAUUGCCGAAAUUAGAAGGAGCUAUCUAUAA